AUGGUUUCAAUGGGCCAUCAAGUAUGUGGAGCUCUUGAGCUUUGGAAUUAUCCAGUGUGGAUUAGGAAUCUUGUUGCUCAAGAUGUUGAUGGAACUGACAAACCAAAUCAUGUCGAUUUUGCAGCUCUUGAAAGAAAAGCUAUAUCUGAAGAAGAACAAGUCGAGAAGGUAUUGAGGGUAUUACCAAAAUCAAAGUGGAAUGUUAAGAUGACUGCGAUUAGGGAAGCAAAUAAGGAUCUUGCAGGCAUGACCCUGGAUGAAUUAGUGGGGAAUUUAAGAACUUAUGAAAUGGAAAUUGAUGGAAAUAAAGUGCUAGAAGCCCCAGAGGAUACCUUAGCUUUGAAGGCAUCUUACAGUGAUGAAGAAAUUGAACUUGAUAAAGAACAAGUUGCCUUCAUAGCUAAAAACUUCAGCAAAUUCUUAAAAAAAAAAAGGGAACAUAUAGUAAGAAAUGGUCAAAUAACAAUCUAA